AUGGAAUGGAGUGGGUAUCCUGACUACCAGUACUACACGGGGCUUAUUGAAUCAAUGUGCUCGAGAGCUGCGCCUGAGAACACACCAUCCCAAAUAGUCGAGAACGAUGAACCCUGUGGUCCUGCAGGAUGCGCACAGCGUCUGGUACUCUGA